CCUCUCUGAUCUGCGCUCCGUCGCGCACGCGCAUCCUCACUCGAACUGCAGCCAGCGUUGUUGGGAACCCGAAAGCGAGGAAAUCAAAGAGAAAAAAGAAAAAGAAUAAAAGAGCAGAGAAUGGAGCGCACGACUCGGCUACGGACGUUGGAGUAAGCAGAAAUACUGCCGAGGAAGAAUUCGAGAGACAGUUGGAAGACGGAGAAAGUCGCGGAAGAAGCCAAACUUAGUGCGGGGAAACUGUUUUGAGAGUCUGAGCCGGACGCCCGUUUCGAAGACAUGGAUGCACUUUUCUCGCUUUUGCCGGGACUCCUGCUCCUCUUGUCGGCUGCUGGGGACACCUUCGGCCAGAUGCCACCAGCUCACAUGGGGCGCUCUGAAAAGGGAAGCUGCACAUUUGAUGAGGGCUUCUCCCAGUGUGACUACCAACAGGAUCCCUAUGACGACUUUGACUGGAUGCACAUCAACACCCAGGAAGUGGCCUACGUGUCCCCAUACCUGCCCAAAGGUUCCUACAUGUAUGUGGACGUGUCUCAGUAUGAAGUUGGUGAGAAGGCCCGGUUUCAGCUCCCAGUGAUGAAGGAGAAUGACACGCACUGCAUUGACUUCAACUAUCUACUCACCAGCGCUGAUGGCUCCAGUCCCGGUACACUCAAUGUCCUAGUGAAGGUUAACAAAGGUCCCCUGGCCAAUCCUAUAUGGAAUGUUACAACAUACACCGGUAAAGACUGGCUGAAGGCCGAGCUGGCGGUCUCCACCUUUUGGCCCAACGAAUAUCAGGUCAUAUUUGAAGCGGAGGUUUCGGACAGGAAAACCGGCUUCAUCGUUAUAGAUGACAUUCAGGUGCUCAGCUACCCAUGCGAUAAAUCCCCUCAUUUCCUGCGUCUUGGAGAUGUGGAGGUGAACGCCGGUCAGAACGCCACCUUCCAGUGCAUUGCCACUGGACGGGAUACUUCCAACAAUAAGCUUUGGCUUCAGCGGCGAAACGGAGAAGACAUCCCCGUUUCUCAGAGGAAGAGCAUCAACCACCGAAGGUUCUCCGCCUCCUUCCAUCUCAAUGAAGUCACCAGUCAGGAUCAAGAUCUUUAUCGCUGCGUCACCCAGUCGGAGCGUGGCUCGGGGGUGUCCAACUUCGCAGGUCUUAUCGUCAGAGAGCCUCCGCAUCCCAUCGCCCCACCGCAGCUGCUCGGCGUUGGGCCGACCUACCUGCUGAUUCAGCUCAAUGCCAACUCCAUUUUUGGAGAUGGCCCUAUUAUACUUAAAGAGGUGGAGUACCGUAUGACAUCAGGCAGUUGGAUUGAGACUCAUGCAGUCAACUCCCCCAACUAUAAAUUAUGGCAUCUGGACCCAGACACCGAGUACGAGAUCAGAGUCUUGCUCACCCGACCGGGAGAGGGCGGGACAGGCAAAGCCGGACCGCCGUUGAUUACACGGACCAAGUGUGCGGAACCCAUGCGUACUCCGAAGAGAUUGAAGAUCGCUGAGACCAGGUCACGCGUGAUAGCUGUGGACUGGGAGUCGUUGGGUUACAACAUCACCCGCUGUCACACCUUUAACGUCACAAUCUGUUACCACUACACGACGGCUAACAACAGCAGCAAGGCGGACUGCCUGGACAUGGACCCGAAAGCACCGCGCCACAUCGUAGGAAAUCUGCCACCUUACACCAACGUCAGUCUAAAGAUGAUUUUGACCAAUCCAGAGGGUCGCAAAGAGAGCGAUGAAACUAUCAUCCAAACUGAUGAAGAUGUUCCAGGUCCGGUUCCUACUCAGUCUGCAAGAGCCACACCCUUUGAGGACAGAAUUCUACUUUACUGGAAAGAACCGUCGGAGCCCAACGGAAUCAUCAUACAAUACGAGAUCAGCUACAGCGGCCUGCGUUCUUUCGAUCCGUCGGUGCCUCUGCAGCGGCCGGGACUCACCGUGUCCCUACCGUCCAACGCCACCCAUCACCUCUUCUCUCAGCUGCACCCGGGGGUCACUUACCAGUUCUCCAUACGAGCGUCAACCUCCAAAGGAUUUGGUCUUGCCACCACUCUGAAUGUGACUACUAAUAUUUCAGCCCCAACAAUCGAUGAAUAUGACGGAUCAGAGGCCUUUCUGAACGAAACUGCGACAACCAUAACUGUUCUGCUGAAACCUGCCCAGGCUAAAGGUGCACCAAUAAGUGCUUACCAGAUUGUCGUGGAGCAAGUGAAUCCCCGGCGUACACGUCGGCAAGCCUCCUCCGACUGUUUUGAGGUUCCAGUUUCCUACCUCAGCGCAUCUACCGGCGGAUCCCCGUACUAUUACGCCGCUCAGCUGUCCCCCAGCAACCUCCCUGAGCCGCUCCCGUUCACGGUCGGCGACAACAAGACGUACCAGGGUUUCUGGAACCCUCCGUUGGCUCCCAGGAAGAACUACAACAUAUACCUGCAAGCUGUUAGCAGCACCGAGCGGGAAACUAAAACCCAGUGUUUGAGGCUUGCUACUAAAGGUGCGACCGAAGAGCCCGAAGUCAUCCCGGACCCCGCCAAGCAGACGGACCGUGUGGUGAAGAUUGCCGGUAUCAGCGCCGGUGUCCUCGUCUUCAUACUGCUGGUGCUUGUUGCCAUCUUAUUGGUCAAGAAAAGGAGGACCUACUAUUCAUACUCGUAUUACCUGAAGCUGGCUAAGAAGCGCAAGGACGCCAUCGGAACCACCCGCCAGGAAAUGACACACAUGGUGAACGCCAUGGACCGCAGCUACGCCGACCAGAGCACCCUGCACGCGGAGGACCCCAUGGCGGUGACCUUCAUGGACUCGCACAACCACAACAACAGAUACGAGAACCACAGCGCGUCAGCGGCAGAGAACAGCCGGCUCCUGGACGUCCCCCGCUAUCACUGCGAAGGCACCGAAUCCCCUUAUCAGACGGGACAGCUCCACCCCGCCAUCAGAGUGGCCGACCUCCUGCAACACAUCAACUUGAUGAAGACGUCCGACAGCUACGGCUUUAAGGAGGAGUACGAAUUGGUGAUCCAGAGUUUUUUCGAAGGCCAGUCGGCAACUUGGGACGUGGCAAAGAAGGAGCAAAACCGCACUAAGAACCGUUACGGCAAUAUAAUUGCAUACGAUCAUUCAAGGGUUAUUCUCCAGCCCAUCGAAGACGACCCCUCCUCCGAUUAUAUCAACGCCAACUACAUCGAUAUUUGGCUGUACAGGGAUGGUUAUCAGAGACCAAGCCACUACAUAGCGACUCAGGGUCCUGUGCACGAGACCGUGUAUGACUUCUGGAGGAUGGUGUGGCAGGAACAGUCGGCCUGUAUUGUCAUGGUGACCAAUCUGGUUGAGGUCGGAAGGGUGAAGUGUUACAAGUACUGGCCAGAUGAUGCCGAGGUGUACGGCGACUUCAAGGUGACCUUUGUCGAGGUGGAGCCCCUUGCCGAAUAUGUGGUCCGCACAUUUACAUUGGAGAGGCGCGGUUUCAAUGAGGUGCGAGAAGUCAAGCAGUUCCACUUCACAGGCUGGCCCGAUCACGGAGUUCCGUAUCACGCCACGGGACUACUUUCCUUCAUCCGCAGGGUUAAAAUCUCGAAUCCACCCUCUGCUGGGCCUAUUGUGGUCCACUGCAGUGCCGGGGCAGGACGCACGGGCUGCUUCAUCGUCAUCGACAUCAUGUUGGACAUGGCUGAGAGGGAAGGCGUGGUGGACAUCUACAACUGCGUCAAGGCACUUCGGUCCAGGAGGAUCAACAUGGUACAGACUGAGGAGCAGUACAUAUUCAUCCACGACGCCAUAUUAGAGGCGUGCCUCUGCGGGGAAACGGCCAUUCCCGUCUGCGAGUUCAAGGCGGCUUUCUACGAGCUCAUCCGCAUCGACUCCCAGACCAACUCGUCCCACCUGAAGGAUGAGUUUCAGACUUUAAACUCAGUGACUCCUCAGCCUCAACCCGAAGACUGCAGCAUCGCAUUGUUGCCUAGAAACCAGGAUAAGAACCGCUUCAUGGACGGUCUUCCCCCCGACAGAUGCCUGCCCUUCCUCAUCACGAUCGACGGGGAAAGUAGCAACUACAUCAACGCGGCUCUCAUGGAUAGCUACAGACAGCCCGCUGCCUUCAUCGUCACCCAGCAUCCCCUCCCCAACACCGUCAAAGACUUUUGGCGCCUGGUGUACGACUACGGGUGCACCAGUAUGGUGAUGUUGAAUGAGAUUGACCUGGCACAGGGCUGUCCCCAGUACUGGCCGGAAGAGGGCAUGUUGCGUUACGGGCCCGUCCAAGUGGAAUGUAUGUCCUGCUCAAUGGACUGUGAUGUCAUCAGCAGGCUGUUCAGAGUCUGCAAUCUCACAAGGCCUCAAGAGGGCUACUUGAUGGUUCGCCAGUUCCAGUACUUGGGCUGGGCGGGUCACAGGGAGGUCCCAGCCUCCAAGAGGUCCUUCCUCAAGCUCAUCCUGCAGGUGGACCAGUGGCAGCGUGAGGGAGAGGAAGGGGAGGGAAGAACCAUCGUUCAUUGCCUAAACGGAGGCGGGCGUAGUGGCGUGUUUUGCGCCAGCAGCAUUGUGUGCGAGAUGGCCAAAAGGCAGAGCGUGGUCGACAUCUUCCACGCCGUCAAAACGUUGAGGAACAGCAAACCCAACAUGGUGGAUGCCCCGGAGCAGUACAGGUUCUGCUAUGACCUGGCGCUGGAGUUCACCGAGUCCUCCUAAGCAUGCGGGAAGACGGUGGAAAAGCGCAGAAAAAGACCC